AUGGGUGCACAAUACUCUUCCUUAAAUGAUCUAAAAUCCAACGAAUAUUUAUCCCGUUUCAUUAGUGAAGAGUCUAUAUUAAUAAAUGAUCCAUUUUGGAAUCAAUUUCUCUCAUUUCGUCUACAAUCUCCAUUCACAACAGCACAUUCAAAAUUACUUGAUGAAUCAUGUUUAAUUUAUCUUCAACAAUUCGUAUUAAAUAAUCCGAAAACAAAUAAUUAUGGAACAUUAAUUGAAGUAUUUAAUCGUCUAGCUAAUGUUAUUCGUGAUGAAUAUAAUAAUAAUAUUAUUAUACAUCAAACAUAUAAUUCUUUAUUUAUUCUUCGUUUAAUAACAAAAUAUUUUAUUGAAAUUGAUUCUGAACAAAAUUUUUAUCCAUAUUUUUUACCACAAGAUAUUUCUACUGAACGUAUAUCAUUAAUGACUAUAUUUGUUGAUACAUUAUUUCGAACUACAAUUAUGUUACCUGUUGAUUCAUCUACAUAUGGUUUACAUUUGGAAGUAUUAAAUACAUUACUUUCAUUAUUAUCUAUUCAAAUGUGUGCAAAAGAAGCUAUAUUUAUUAGUUCGAUUUAUAGUAUUUUUAUGCAUAGACUUGAUCCAUUAUUAAUAUCGGAAUUUACACGAACUUUAUUAGAACAUUUUAUUAAACAAAUCGAAUGUCCACCAUUUUUAGCAGCUGAUUCAACUGAUGGAUCAAAGAAUGAGAGUGGAAGUUUAUUUAAAAUUGGACAAACUGUUGCAAGUAGUCUAUGGUCAGUAGUUACACUUGGUAUGAGUUCAUCAUCGACAUCAACUGCUACCGAAGGAACAGCAACAUCAAUUGAUUCAAUAAAAGAUCUUCGUAAUCGUCAUUUAUCAAAUCAAAGUAUUCAUUUACUUUUAAUUCUAAGUAAUCAUUUUACAAAUGAUAUACAUCGUAAUCCUUAUCGAUUAGCAUUAUUACAUUUUACUGAUACACAAGGCAAGAGUAGAUCAAACAGUCCAACAAAUUUACCUGAUUCUGAACCAUUACCUUGGUUUUCUAUUGAUUAUCAUCGUUUAUAUGAUGUUCUAUGUCAAACCGUACAUACAGAUCAAAGUACAUUAUUACUUUAUUUGUUACUUCAUCGUAAUCAACAUUUUAAAGCUUAUGUUAUAUCACGAACAAAUAUUGAUCAAAUUGUAUUACCAGUUCUUCGAGUUAUUUAUACAUCUGCGGAACAAAAUUCUCAUCAUAUUUAUAUGUCAUUAAUUAUUCUAUUGAUCUUAUCGGAAGAUGAUUUUUUUAAUAGAACAAUUCAUGAUAUUAAAUUAAAAAAACUUACAUGGUAUACUGAACGAUCAACAAAUGAAAUAAGUUUAGGUGGUUUACUUAUUUCAAUUGUUCUUCGUACAAUACAAUAUAAUAUGGCACGUAUGCGUGAUAAAUAUCUUCAUACAAAUUGUCUAGCUACAUUAGCAAAUAUGUCAUCACAAUUUCAAAAUUUACAUACAUUAUUAGAUCUUAUACAACAACAAUCUCGACAAGAACAUACAGCAUCAUCAUCAUCAUCAACAAUAAUAACAAAUAAUAUACAAAUAAUAGCAUCAAAUGAUGAAAAUUUUAAUGAAUAUGUUCAAGAUUUAUCUAUUAUUGAAGAUGUUAUGAGAAUGAUUUUAGAAAUAAUUAAUUCUUGUUUAACACAUACACUUCAAUAUAAUGUUAAUCUUAUAUAUGCAUUACUUUAUAAUAGAGAAAUUUUUGAUUAUUAUAGAACACAUCCAAGUUUUCAAGAUAUUUUACAAAAUAUUGAUAUAAUUAUUACAUUUUUUACCGAAAAAAUUGAUCAAUUAAAAUAUCGUUCAGCUGAAUAUGUUAAAGAAACAUUAGAAACAACUGUUAAACAAUUUCCAUUAGAUCGAUUAAAAAGAUUUCCUGAUUUAAAAUUUAAAUAUGUUGAAGAAGAACAACCGGAAGACUUUUUUGUACCUUAUGUUUGGAGUUUAGUUUAUAAAUCGUGCAAUCUUCAUUGGUCAUCUGAAUCAGUUCUUGGAUUGAAACAACAAUCAUUGAAUUCAUAA